GCACAUGCCAUGUUAUCAACACUACUGUAUCCACAGACAAAAAUGGCUGAAAAGGUAGAACAAAAUCCCCGAACCCCAAGGAUCAAGUGCAAGGGUCAAAACCUAACCAUACCAGAAUUUAGCAUAGAGGAUUUCAAGAAGCAUUCUCAUAUGCUUGCUUCCCCAACAUCACAAGAUGCUUCAAAAUCAAGGUGGAAGAAUUGCCUCUGCUCCCCAACCACUCAUGCUGGUUCCUUCCGCUGCAGGCACCACAGAACUUCGAGCUUCGGCUCCGGCCUCAAUCGGGGAGCCUCCGUUGGCUCGAACCUCUCGGAGCUGGGGGCUCGCAAGUCUAGCCCCCUUAGUGAUUCAGUCCCUGCCCAAUAACUUGUUCAUACAAAAAUAUUGAGUGAAAUAGUUGGCAUGCAUGCAUGUUGCUUCAGCAUAAGAAUAAUACUAUCAACAUAUCAUCAGAAAACAAAACAAAAAAA